AUGGGGUAUGGGCAAAUUCUCCACCGGCGUGGGAAUGAGGAGGACCAGGUCCACCUCAAUGUGGGAGGAGUACGACAUGAAGUGGAUCCCAGCAUGCUGCAGCGCUUCCCUCACACUCGCCUAGCACGUCUCCUCUGCUGUCAGAGCGAGGCGGCCAUCCUGGAGCUGUGCGAUGACUACGUCCAGGACGAGAAGGAGUACUACUUCGACAGGAAUCCCCGGGUCUUCCUGUGCGUGCUCAACUUCUACCAAACGGGACGUAUCCACAUGAUGGAAGAGGUGUGCGUUUUCUCCUUCAGCCAGGAGAUCGAGUACUGGGGCAUCCAGGAGGUCUACCUGAGCACCUGCUGUAACAACUGGUACCACGAGAGGAAGGACUACAUCGAGGACAGGGACUGGGACAUCAGGAGUGACGACAUGCAGCAGCCAAGCUGCAACUCGUCCUUCGAGGAGCUCUCUGCUAUUGAUAAAGACCUGGAGAAGUUCAAAGGUGUCUGGUGUGCAGAGCUGAGGAGCUACAUCUGGCUCAGGAUGGAGGAUCCCGGUCACUCCACGGCCUCCAAAGUCAUCGCUGUGGCCUCCCUCAGCGUGGUCUUGACCUCUAUUGUUGCCAUGUGUGUCCACAGCAUGCCUGAGUUCCAGCUGGUGGACGACAAUGACAGGCCCAUCGAGGACCCGGUCCUCUCCAUCCUGGAGGUCAUCUGCAUCAUCUGCUUUUCCACAGAGUUCAUCAUCAGGCUGAUUGUUGCCCCCUCUCGCAGGAAGUUCCUCUCAAACCCCUUGAACAUCAUAGACGUCGCUUCCAUUUUGCCAUUUUACGCCACUUUAGCUCUGGAGACAGCGGACGAGGAGGCCGCGGAGGAGAACGAGGACCUAGAGAACGUUGGGAAAGUGGUGCAGGUUCUGCGCCUCAUGCGGGUUCUCCGAAUCCUCAAACUGGCUCGUCACUCCAUCGGGCUGCGAGCGCUGGGUGCCACCGUGCGACACAGCUACAACGAGGUGGGUCUUCUCCUGCUCUUCCUCUCGGUGGGCAUCUCCAUCUUCUCUGCCCUGAUCUACUUUGCGGAGAAGGAAGAUGGGUCCUCAGAUUUGGGGACCAUCCCUUCAGGCUGGUGGUGGGCGACGAUCACCAUGACCACCGUCGGUUAUGGUGACACCUGCCCAGUGACGUUUCCAGGGAAGAUAGUGGCGACCUUGUGUAUCAUCUGUGGCUUGUUAGUGGUGGCUCUGCCCAUCACUAUCAUCUUCAAUAAGUUUUCAAAGUACUAUCAAAGAAAUAAAGCCAUGGAGGGACAAGGCAUCACUAAGCCGGUCAGAAAAGACCCAGAACUCCCUCAUUAUAACAUCAGAGACCUGUUCACAGACAGCGUGUAUCCCUUCAUUGGCAGCAUCACCUUCAGGAACAGUGUGAGCAGCGCAGGGGACGAUACAGAUGCCUCCAGUCUCCAGGACAUCGAGGUUUAUGAAAAUGACACUUGUGAAAAUUAGGCGACAAAAUGAGAACCCUGGCAUUUCAGCGAGACCCGCUCCCUUUAUGACUUCUAGUCACUCCGUGCCUCUCAGGGCAGAGCCCUCCAUCACUGACCCCGUCUUCCUACACUGUCUUCCUCCUGCAAUUUGACAGAGAUUUGUGAUGGCCAUUAUUUGCGUUUUCCUUUUUUUUACCUAAGGGGAUUCAUUUGAAUCAUCUCUGAGGUUUGAAAGCCCAUUUUCUGCUUGAGAAAUCUGCAAUGAUGCAUGUAGAGGGCCAUAAUGUUAAUGUUUUUCAAAGUAAUGUCCUGUAUCGAUCUGUCUGCUCGCUGAAAGUUCAGACCGAAUAUAAAAGUCUAGGACGACAACAACAGUUUGAUAUUUAGAAAUGGUGUUAUAAUUCUCAGAUGAUACACAGCCUGCAUGAAAUAAAGUAAAUUCAUUUUUUAUUUUAAUCAGAGAGUAAUGUAAAUACUUUUGUAGAGUUAUGCAACAUCAUUGAUGCUGGUGAAGAGUGGCCGCACAUUUCUGUCAGA